AUGACGAUUAAGGCGGUACAUCUCGAAGUGGUGAGUGAUCUGUCAACCGACGGCUUCAUUGCUGCCUUGCGGCGGUUCGUGGCAAGACGAGGACUCCCGGAGCAUAUUUAUUCCGAUAAUGGGACGAAUUUCGUGGGAGCGAAUAACCAUCUUAAGGAGUUGUAUGCGUUGUUUAACUCCACCGAACAUAAGGAUUCCGUAUUUAAAUUUGCAACUGACCGUCGUAUCUUAUGGCACUUUAUACCGCCGGUGGCCCCACAUUUCGGUGGAUUAUGGGAGUCAAUGAUUAAAUUAUUUAAACACCAUUUCAAGCGUGUCGUUGGAGACUCUCUAUUUACGUUUGAGAAACUAAAUACUUUUACCACCGAAGUCGAGAGCAUAUUAAAUUCCCGGCCAAUUAACACUUUGUCAUCUGAUCCGAAUGAUAUGAUGGUGUUGACUCCGUCACACUAUUUAAUCGGAAAGUCACUAAUGACCCUGCCCGAGGGCAACUGUUUCACUGUUCCAGCAAAUCGACUGUCUACCUGGCAGCACAUAACUAAAGUACGACAAGACUUCUGGAAACGUUGGAACAUUGAAUACCUCAAUAAACUCCAGAAACGAGUCAAAUGGAUUAAGGACGGUCCGAAAAUCAAUGAGGGAUCAGUUGUGCUUAUUAAUGACAAAAAUUUGCCAUGCAUGCGGCAAUGGGCAUGGGCAAAAUCAUUAAACUUCAUCCAGGGAUGGAACAGCACGAGCCGCAACUAUCAAGACCAUGGCUGGAGAAAUUAA